AUGGAAAAUUUAUUCAGUGCAAGUGAGAGCCAGUUUAAUCCAGUACCACUGGGGCACUUUGUUCCGCAGUGUGAGAAACCAUCAGAUCCGGCACCGCCAGAAGGGAAAAGUGAAAGACUGAUACACCUUCCAUCUACCUAUGACCUCUUGGAUGUGAAGAAUAUUGCCUACAUGACAGCGUCAUCCUUUGCCAUCGUCAGCUCCAAACCUAUUGUCCCAGGUCAUGUCAUGGUGUUUCCUUUCUGCGCCUCUAACCUCAUUACUGAUCCUACACACCCAGCAGCAAAAGACUUGUACUCAACAGCAUAUCAUGUGGGGCUAGCCAUUAGAGAGCUGUUUGGGAUCACUAAUUUUAAUAUUCUGACGUCCCCAGCCUACAGAACGGAGACUAACUAUUCAUUUAAGCGAGACUGUCUUCACAUACUUCCAAUAGAGGACUUUAGUGAUGAAGUCAUAACACGGCUGAAAAAUUACUAUGAAGAUCCGAUGGAUGAAUUAGUGAGACCAGAAGCAGAAGUGAUGCGUGAGGCUGCUGCACUUCGAGAAAUCUGCUAUCGCAAAAGCAAACGUUCUAGGUGCUGCUUCUGGUGA